GUGGUCACCUGAUAAGAGAACAGCCAGCUGGGUAAACAUGGCGUCUGUGUCUGGAUGUGAUAAUUACAUGUAGCGCUUCUGUCUUGUAAUGGUGUUUCUGUUCCGCCACCGUCCCGCGCUGUGUCCCGGAACAGUAGCGUGCUGGACACGACGCAUGAAGACAUGAAGGACAGAAGGAAAGAGGCGCUUCACUGAUGCUGCUUUAGGUGUUUUUCUCUCUGCACAGCAUGCAUGGUCUGAUGCCUGCCCGGACCGUCUGAUUGGCGCAAGAUAAUUGCUUUUGUUAACAGACAGACACUGAUUUGUAUUUCUGUCUAGGCGUGUACGUUUUCAUUGCAUCUGACCCAAAUCAAGCCUCUUUGUUCCUUAAACGCAGCAGAAUGGUCAGUCCGACUGCCCUCUAUGUGGCAGCCCUCCACCGCUGUGCCCUGACAGCUGCUUUAUGACUGUUACCGUGUGUUGUGUUUCUCAUGUCUUGCUCAACAAUAUCACUAUGAUAGGCUCACCUGACGUGGUGGCUUUCACUAAAGAGGAUGAGUUUGGGCAGACACCUCCAGACCCCUGGGCUCUCCCUGAUGAGUUCUCUAUUCCUCUCCAUCCGCUGGCUGACUCCAACCCCUGGGCCAAAACCUCCUAUGCCAAGUUCACCAAAGACUUCAUCCUCAUCUCUGAGUUCUCUGAGCAGGUGGGCCCUCAGCCUCUACUCACCAUCCCCGAUGACCCCAAAAUCUGUGGCACCUUCGAUCUCAACUACUUCUCCCUCCGCAUCAUGUCGGUGGACUACCAGGCCUCUUUUGUGGGGCAUCCACCUGGCAGUGGCUACCCAAGGCUCAGCUUUGUGGAGGACUCUAGGGUGGUGCUGGGCGACUCCAAGGAGGGGGCGUUUGCCUAUGUCCAUCACCUUACGCUUUAUGACCUGGAGGCGAGGGGCUUUGUGCGACCGUUCUGCAUGGCGUACGUCUCAGCGGAUGAGAGGAAAAUCAUGCUGCAGUUUCAGGAGCUGUCCCUCCGCUUCUCCCAGGCCUCUGAGAGUCUGAAGGCUGGGAACAGGAGAGCGUUUGCCAAGGAACUCCAGAGGAAGCUUAGAGACCUGGAGUACACUCACUCUGUGCUGCAGAGGGAGGAGGGCCUGCAGAGAGAGGCAGCGCCUCAGUGCAUGUACUCUGCUCAUGCUGUGGAGAAGGCCAACGAGCUCGCAAAUGUGGAAAAGAGCAUCUAUGAACACAGAGACCUGCUGAGACAGAUCAGCUCCUAUCACCGCCGUCCGCGCCGAGAUCCUCACGUCGUCAGCUGCCAGAAGUGCAUCACUGAGUGCUUGAGUGAGUGUGAGCAGCUGUUGGACAAAUAUGCCAAGCUUGCCAACCCCUUCAGUUACACUGCCAAAGGGGAGACCGGGCAGAAGGGUCGGGCUGAUGAUGAAGGCGGUGAAAAAGAAGGAGGCGAGGAGGAAGAUGAGGGCGUUAAACGCAGGUCGUCCUACACGCCGCAGCUGAUCAAAGGUAAAUCUGCAAAGUGUUUCGACAAGCGUCUGAAGACCCUGCAAGAGCUGUGCGACGUUACUUUCUACGAGGCCACCGUGGAGCUCCUGAAGAAAACGGAGAGGAGUUUUCGGGGGGACCUGUGUUACCUGUACACACGUCGCCUGGAUAGGGCAUUACGCAGGAAACUAAAAGUAACCAACUUCCUUUUUGAGGAGGACCUCGGUGAUGAUGAUGAUGAGGACGAAGGGGGAACACUAAGACCAUUCUGUGCUGUGAGCCAUGCUGUAGAUAACUAUACACUCUUCAACCCACUUCCUAUUGUCAUAGGACCAGAACCUCUAGAGCUUGAUGCUUUGGAGCCACCAGAUCCUCUAGACUUAGCAUCUGAGACCAGCCAUACUCAAGGGAGUGAGCUUGGGCUUGUGGAGAGCCAACUGGAGUCCUCCCCGUCAGACCAGACUCUGGAGACCCAGGAGAGCUCGGAGGAGACCAAAGGAAGCUUUAGCAGCGGUAAUAGCGGGAUGGGUCUUGCAGAGAGGCAACAGCAUCUGGCUAAUGGGAAGUCAGAAGCUCCCGAUCCUGAUUCUGACUUGACCCCUGACCAAGACCAAAACACUGACCUGGAGAGGGAGAGCAGCAGUGAAGAGAUGGAGACCACUGCUGGGGAGGACGAAGGAGACGAUACGCCCGUGUCUUUGCUGGAGGUGGUGUCUGAGCUGGAGGUCGGCAGGGUGGAGGAACGCGAGGGAUUACGUGAGGGGCCUUGCGACAUGGACUCCGAGUUGUUGGUUCCUUUAGACACAGCGUGCUGUAUGGCCCAAGAGGGUUUCCUUCAUGAGGCUUCUGCCCCAGAGACGGUGCAGCCCUGUCAAACACUGGUGGUCAACCAGGAGCCCCAAGCGCUACUUCCCCUCCAGGACGACUACACGGUGGGUUCUCCAUCCUCAGAGAGCCCUGCAGCUGGGCUGGAGCUGCCUGCGGGGCACCUUGGAGACGCAGUUUCUCGUACAUCAGCAGACGAUGGGUCAGACUGUACCAUGAGCGCUUCUACAGGGUCUGAUCUCGGCUACGGCGGGGUUGUGACUCUGCGUCAGAGGAAGAAGGCUGGACAAGGAGCCUUGAGGUUUGUGCGACAGUACCCCUUUGCCAUGCAAGCUCUAUGGUGUCUCCUGAGCGGCAGAACCCUGGUGGUGCUCGGGGCAGAUGAGGGGAGAGUCCGCCGACUGGUUGCUGCUCUGGCCCUCUUUGUGCCGGCUCCUGGGAAGUGUGGAGACAGGGUCCAAGCCUGGCUGUCCUGCCCCUUCACCCUCACUGAUCUGCAGAGGUGGAAACUCAUUGGACUGCAAAGAGUAGCGUCCCCAGUGGGUUCCAGCAUGCUUUACUCUCUGUCCCGCUACAGUCGCUACAUCUCCAUCCUGGAUGCCGACCAGAAGACCUUGCGCUCUCCUCCAUAUCGUGGACAACUCCUUGCCAACAUAGCCGACCACCGCACCUACAUCCGCCGCGGCUCCACCUACUUCCUCCACCUACAGAGCACGCUCUGUCAACUGGCAGCCGAGGCCUUCCUGUUUACCUUCACCCACCACCUCCACCUGCCGGUCAGCUCCACGGAGGGCCCCGAGGGGGUGCAGGGCAGACGCCUCUGCUUCCUGCAGGAGCAGCUGGGGCUGGGCAAGGAGGACAGCCAGAUACUGCUCUACCUCAGCCAGCUCAUCACUCAGCAGUACCUGCAGCCCGCCACCGGGAGCAGCGCAGCAGCAACUUGUUUUAGUUUUAACUACACCACCAGCGUUUUAUACAAAAUCUGAUAUUACAAUAGGAGGAGGAUUUCCACACACGUUUUAGCCGAAAUCAUCUGUGACCCUUUGGUUUUUAAUGGACCAAAGGUGAUCUUAAUAAGGUCUAAGGUAAUUUUAGUUUCAGGAUAAACUCUGCACUGGUUAUUGUUUUAUCUGUGUAAUCUCUCUUUCUGCCUUGCUGUCUUUUUCUCCGGUCUUUCUCUUUCUUCUGUGUGCAGGAAAAGGAGAAAUAGGGAGUUGUGAAUGUCAGUCAGUGGUUCAAUUUGCCUACAGUAUAUGUGUUCCAGAGCACACUCAUGAACACAAGCAUAACAGAGCAGACGGUCGGUUCCACUUAUUGUCAUGUGUGUAUUUUUCCCCGUAAUGGAAAGAAAUGUGACUUGUGCUGGCCUGUUUAACCUCUCCUCACUACACGCAAACACACACACACACACACACACACAAACACCAUGUUUAAUAACUUAAUCCAACAUGGCUGUGUUUUGUAAGUGCUGAGCUGACAAGUUCAAUCACAGCUCUGUGUUGUUAAUACCCACCAAUCACUAAGCAGUUUGUCAGCUAUGAUAUCAUCUCAGCUAAAUAUAAACAUGUUUUUCAACCAUCUCAACAUAUGCUGCCAUUUUCUGCUUGUGGAGAACAGAUGUCUCUACGGAUUUGCCCGUGAAACCUUAUUAGCACCCACAGACUUGUUACAGCUGGUUUUGUGACAUGCUUCUGUUUUUGGAAACUUACACACAAGUCCAAACUUUUUUGUGAAGCCAUUUUAUUUAUUAAAUCUUUUUUUUUAUUGUUGAAUCAAAUUUAAGAUACAUUCCUGCGGUAAUCUAGUCUGGAAAUCAAGACCCAAAUCCGAAAGAUCAAGGUUCUGGCAUUGAGUAAUGAAAGUUGCCCAUCUCGAGAGGCGGCACCAAGCGUGCAUUUGAAAAUCUCACUGAACGCAAUUGGAUAACACAACGACCAAUCACAACAACAUGCAGAGUCACGCAUCCAGAGUCCCAUACGCUUAGCUGUCUACCAGCGGCGCUAACUGCUAGAUUAAACUGUAGUCAUCUGUUUAGCUCGCCUCUGGCCCGCCUAUAUCCGAUACACCGAUGUGAUUGGUGCAGCUCGGCAACAAGGGCAUAGUUAAUGAGCAGCAUUACUCGAUGCCAUAAUAACGCGCUGAGCAAAUUCAAAUUUGUGCUCUCUUGAGAUCUCUGGAUUUCCAGGGCAAUAGUAAUCUUUAUUUUGUUCCAAACUGGGACACGAUAUUUUGGCUGAGUAGAUUUGACUUUCUGAGAAGGAAACAUUCCCAUAUUUAAUGGUUGAGAUGCAUGAGGAAGUGUAUUUGUUUAGUGAACUGGACCCGGUCAGCCCCCACGUAAUAUUUGCAUGUCCAGAAAUAAUGUUCUCACGAUACAUACUCACACAUGUUGGGCCAGCUGCAGCCAAAACCUGUCACUAUAAAGGGCUGGCGAGCAUUUUUCAUGGAUAUUACUCUCACAGUCAGGAACAUUUUAAAGCUACUUAACCUAAAUGUAUUGAAUUUCACUGUUGUCUUAAAGUUGUGCGAGAGUGUUGUGGUGUCAGCAUGGGACUGUCUUGUGCCAGAGUGAAUCACUGUGUUGAUAAUAUUUCAGCUGUGUUGUAUUGGGACAGUUUGAGGAGAUGAUGCUGUUUGUAUAUAUUUUAUUAGGGGGGGGGGGGAGAUUACCUGUGCCAUCAAAAGCAAAACUCUAAAGUUGUACCUUGAAUUGGCACAGUUGCUUAUUAUUUGAUGUCUUUUGAACAACCCUUGUAUGAAAUGAACAAAAACGUCUGUAUUUAUUACUUUAGGACAAUUUGGAUUAUGACUGUUGUGAUGAGUACGCCCUGAUUUUUGUCUCUGGAGAGGAUGCUGGAGAAUUUCAAAAGUAGGAAACCUUUUAAGUUCUGUCACAUUGGCUAGUAAAAACCCAAUAAAGGAAUUGGAUAAUGUUUCAGAUCUUACUGUUCCUAAUUGUGUGGCGUUAGUGCGGCAGCUGUAAUUCUGUAUCUAGAAUGUUAACUGUACUUGUGGCUGCAUGGUCAGAGUUUUAAUGUGAAAGGUUAAACAAUGGUCGCUGUCCUUCCCGCUACGAACAACAAGACACAUUUAGAUUUUAAGCCAGAUGUUUUUAUCUAACACCGUUUUAUUUUUUAAUUCCCCCUGAUGUAUUAUUUCAGUCUGGUGCUUGGUAUUUCUUUUUUUGCUGUAUGGGAUGUCUUUUUUAUUUUUUAACAGCUUGAAUAACACAUUUUACUGCUAAGAUGUUACGCUUUUUUUUUUUUUUUAUUAAAGGUUUUAUCUUUCUAAUGUAAAAAGGUGAAUGUAAUCUAAAUAAGCCAUACCACAGUGUGCUUAACAUGUCGUCACUCAGUGUCCUUAUGUUGCCAUAUCCUGUCCGCCUUUUGUAUUUCACCAUGGGGGGGUGCUCACAUUUACACUGGCUGUGGGACGAGGCUGCGUUGUUGCCAGUGAUUUUAAUAAAGCACGUUGUGAAUGUCUUGACGCUUUUAUGUUAAAUGUUUUAUUGGUUUAAUCCAUUAAAUUAUUUGAAUUUCUUUCCUUUUUUCUGUCGUAGGUAACGCAGGCGAUAGGUGAUUGUGGUGAAUCUCACAGUGAGAUCAUCAUUAAACGUCAACACUGCCAACA